AUGAGCUCCUCGCCGGUGGCCACCGCCGCUGCGUCGGCAGCCGUGGUGGCGCUGGCCGUCGCCAACCGCGUGCUCUACAAGCUCGCGCUCGUGCCGCUCAAGGCGUACCCCUUCUUCCUCGCCCAGCUCACCACCUUCGGAUACGUCGCCGUGUACUUCUCGAUACUCUACGCGAGGUGCCGCUCGGGGGUGGUGACUAGAGACAUGCUGGCGCUCCCCAAGCACCGGUUCGUCGCGAUCGGUUUGCUGGAGGCACUUGGAGUCGCUUCUGGCAUGUCUGCUGGAGCUAUGCUACCAGGGCCUGCUAUUCCUAUACUGUCCCAGUCAUUCUUGGUGUGGCAGCUUACCUUCUCUGCCCUGCUUUUAGGGAGGACGUAUUCAGCCAGACAAAUCAUUGGUUGCUUCCUAGUAAUUUCUGGUGUGAUUCUUGCUGUUGCAAGUGGAGGGAAUGAGGGCCAUCUUCUUUCAGAAGUCAAGUUAAUUUGGCCAGCGUUGAUGGUGGCUUCGUCAGCAUUUCAAGCUGGUGCAUCUAUUCUGAAGGAAGCAGUUUUCAUUGAUGGUGCAAAACGUCUUAAGGGGAAGCGGCCAGACAUCUUUGUGGUCAAUUCAUUUGGAUCUGGAUUUCAGGCUCUUUUUGUCUUUCUGCUUCUUCCAUUCCUUUCUAAUUUGAGGGGAAUUAAGUUUGCUGAGCUUCCUGCUUAUUUAAAUGGUGGUGCUGGAGUGCUUCUUAAAUGUUGCAGAAAGUCCAAUUG